AUGGAGAGAAGUAUAAACCGAACAACCUUACAAAUACUUAACUUUAAUAGCGAUCAAGACGAUGAAAAUAUAAUGGACGAGGGUUACUUUCAAGCCAAUAACAACGUGAAAAGAAUACCACUAAAGGAAUUAUCCAAGAAAAUGAAAGCUUUACGCCAAUCAGGCAACGAAGAAGUGAAAGUUAUAAACGUUUUCUUGCCCAAGAACAAGCAUGAAAUACUAAAAGAGGAAAUCGAAAUUAUGGAUACUCCUGGUGGUAGCACUGACGAUAAUAUCGACAGCAGUAUUAAAGAUCUUUAUGCAGACACAGAUGUCUGUGUCUAUCUCCUUAAUGUCAACGAUACGAUUGAAAAAGAUGAUCAGGAAUUUAUUAAGAAGAUGCUUAUGCAACAUCAUCAAGCCGAAAUGUUUAUUUUAGUCAAUUACUGUGAUGAGUUAGAUGAUUGCUCUGAAGACGAAGCCAACGAGGUUAAAAACCAAAAUUUAAUCAACUCGCAAAUUGCCCUCAACGGAUUAAACGAUAGAGUCUUCUUUGUAUCUUCCAAGGAGGCUUUGGCCGCUAAAGUCAAUGGACUAACAUCUGAAGAAUUAAGAGAUGAAAAUGAAAAGGAACGAUUAAGAGCAUUCGAAACUUUUGAAAGAGAAAUUCGAGAACGUGUCUGUAUAUCAACAAGAAAAGCCAAAUUAGCCCAAAGUAUGGAUAAAGUUAUAGAAGUCAACGGAGAUAUUCGUGAAAUGAUUCUACAAAAUUUAUUGCGAUGGUCAAAUGAUUUGGGUACAAAUUCGAAAAUUAAUUUGCAAGAUGGCAAUAAUUUUUAUCUUCAAAUCUCUCAACAACGAGAAAAAUACUAUGAGAAAUUAAGUUCUGUAUCGCAGUGCUUAAAUUCUAGCACACAUAGAUGGAUGGAAAGCCAGCUAAAAUCUCUUGAAGCUAAAAUCUAUAAAGAUGUGAAUACAGCUAUUCAGUCUCUCUGUUACGAAGUUGAAGGCAUGAUUCAAACAUUUUUGCAAUCACAUCCAUUAGAUUUUGCGCAAGAAAUGACGCAAUAUAAAAGGAGACUAGGUGAAUAUCUUAACAUAAAAUUUCGUGUUGAAAUGGAAGAAUUAUAUCAGAAUAACUUUGAUGAAAUCCGCUAUCAAUUAAUAUCAAAUUUAUACGCAAGAUUAACAGAACAACUAAAGCAGAAUGAUGAUAUCUUGCAAGUGAUACAGGCAUUAGACUUCCGAGAAGGUCUGGAUUAUGGUAUUAUAAACUGCCAUGAUUAUCUAGCUCGUUUUGAGGAGGACUUGAGCUUGUAUUCCACAAUAAAGAAAAAUUUAUUACCAGCUGAAAUUUCAGGCCUGGCGGCAUCUGCAGCUGGAUUUAUGGCAAAAAGAAUAGCCACUGGUUUGAUUUCAGCGAGUUUAUCCACUAUCGGAGCUGUUGGUACUGGUGUCUAUCUUGGUGCCAAACAUAUUGAUCCCAAAGAACGAGGAAAAAAUUUUAAGCAACAACUGGAUAAAUUUAUCUCCAAUCACCUAAAGGACAAUAUUACACGCUAUGUGGCAGCAAUAUUCAAUCAAAUAAGGAUGUAUGAAUAUUGUGAUAAAGAAAUGUGUCAAAUUAUAUUUUUCUUUCAAUGGCACGGUGGAAUCGAAGCUAAUCCAUUUUAG